GUGCGCGCACGCUUCCGGCUCGAGUGACGCAUGCGUGCCGACGGGGCGCGUUCAGGACGGUGGUUGGUGGGCGCGCGUAUUGCGCGCUGCGUUUCCAGAGACGCUGAUUACGGGAGAGAGACUGCGCACUGCAAACACCAGCGGGACAGAUUUACCACAACCGACACUGUUCUGUAGGGAGCAGAAGCCCAGAGGAGAGUUAGUGUACUACAGUGACGUCCACCUGCUGACGUUGUGGGAUGGCGGUAAACGUUUACUCCACGUCCAUGACCAUCGAGAACCUGAGCAGACAUGACAUGCUGGCUUGGGUCAACGACUCUCUGCAGCUCACCUACACCAAGAUCGAGCAGCUGUGCUCAGGUGUGGCGUACUGUCAGUUCAUGGACAUGCUGUUCCCCGGCUGUAUCCUGCUGAAGAGGGUCAAGUUCCAGGCCAAACUGGAGCACGAGUACAUAAACAACUUCAAAGUGCUGCAGACGGCCUUCAAGAGGAUGAACGUGGACAAGAUCAUUCCCGUGGAGAGGCUCGUCAAAGGGAAGUUUCAGGACAACUUCGAGUUCCUUCAGUGGUUUAAGAAGUUCUUCGACGCCAACUACGACGGGAAGGAGUACGACCCUCAGUUAGCGCGACAGGGCCACGACGUCACGCCUCCGCCCAACCCAGGUGAAGUCACUUUCCACAAAACCAAGAGCCCUCCCAGAGCAGCAGGACCCCAGCGGACGUCGCCGACGGCACCCAAAACUAUGCCCGCCCCCCAGCGCGCCAUAAGCUCCACCCCCUCGACCGGAACACGGCGGAACCCGCCAAUGUCACGGAACGGAGGCGGCGACGCCGAGAUCAUGGAGCUCAACCAGCAGCUGAUGGACCUGAAACUGACGGUGGACGGUUUGGAGAAAGAGAGAGACUUUUACUUUGGCAAACUCAGAGACAUUGAGCUGAUCUGUCAGGAGCACGAGAGCGACAGCAACCCCAUCCUCGGCAAAAUCAUCAACAUCCUGUACGCCACAGAGGAUGGUUUUGCGCCUCCGGAGGACGAUGAGGUUGACGAACAGCCACGGGACCAGGAUGAAUACUGAUCCUCUCACUCUCUCACUCUCUUCAUCCUCUCUGCCUGCCCUCCCUCCAUCAUGUCAUCCUCCUUUAUUUCUCUCCCUGUCUUUCACUCCGCCAGCAGACAAUGGGGGCGUGGUCUAAUAGGCUCUUAGAGUGAGUAGGGGUGUGUCUAUGCUAAUGAGGUCUGAGUUGAUGCGGUAAAGCUGAUGUUUUAUUGGCUGUGGGUUUAAUUAGGAGUCCAGACGACUCAGUGAUGAUGAUGAUGAUGAUGAUGAUGAUGCAGUGACACUUUGAAACACACACACACACACACACACUGAUGUAGCCGACACACACCGUCGAGGUUAUGACUAACAGUUUUUCAUUUGGGCUCCAGUCAGCUAAUUUAUUAGAGAGCUUGAAGCUAAUGUCUUUUUUUUUAUUUGAAUCUCUGCCUGUAGAAGGGUUUUUAGUAGCAAUGAACCGAAUCCCAGACAAAGCGCAGGUUAAGGCCCGUUUACUGUCUUGUUCCGUGUCCCUGAUCUCAACACGUUCAGCGUCAGAGCAGAAACACGUGUUAGCACAGUGAAUGGAGUCUCAUGCUGACUUUAUAGAGUUUGUGUGUGUUUAAAUCGUUAUUGAUUCAGUGCAGGUGUGAGAGUUUUAUUUAUUUAUGAAGGAAACCGUCAGACGGCAUGAAUAAGAACAACUAACGUUGAAUAAAUUAAUACGAUGAUGAAAAGAGACGCGGCCAUUGCUAACGGUUAACCGGCUGACAACUGAGUUUUCUAGCUGCUACAUUUUAACUUAACAUUUCAUUCUCAGUCUUUUUGAUUUGAUCGACGGCUCGGUUUUGAUCGGCACGACCCGCCUCGUUAACCCUUUCACCCCUCAUUUGCUGUCACGGCUACUGUGGCCAUGGCGACCGUUUGCAAACAUGCAUCCAUUUGGAGUUUUACUAUGUAAAAUAAAAAUGUGUGCACGGACCGAAAGACGUGUGUCUGCUAGUUUAUUCACACUGUGCAGACAUUAAACACUCACAAGUGGAUACAGUAAUACAGCAGACACUGAAGUCUGAAAGGGUUUAAAGGGUGAUGGAGAUUUAUGUAUAUUCACAUCAUGGAGGGAAAAAAAUAUUUUAUAUAUAUAAAAACUCAUACAUAUAUUUAAAAGCUCAAAUAAAAUAUGGAAAAAUAUGGUCUCCUACA